CACGCCGGAGAAUAUGGGGAAGGGAGCACUCUCGGUCGCGUCCGUUGUGCUUCGGAUGGUGGAUGCCGUUUGUGCUGGAUAUUCUGUUGUGUUUCUGUUGUCAAGUGCAGUGAAUUCCGGCAUCAUGUGCGCUUAGCGCAAAACUGUUGACAUAUCGUGGGUUGGAUUUUACUCUCUGCUUCCUGCGUGUUUUCUACGUUUGCGUCUGGUGUGUUUGUGUGCUCACCCGUUUGAGUUCACCGCACGGAGACACGGCGAGAGGAGCCAAGGUGGCGGAAGAUGAGCAGAAUAACGAGAUGAGGUGGCUCAAUUGAGGGAGGCCCUGAUGGGCCCCAAAGACAGGAAUCCGCGGGGGACCUUCCCCACGGGCUCAUGGUUCCUGAUCUUCCUUUGCUUGUGCUGGUCGCCCACGACGCUCGGGGCCUGGCAGGACAGGAUAGCCGCCAAGCUACGCAUCACACAAAUACCUCCUGACUUGGUUCAUAAAUUCCGAGGUAACCAGACACAAAGCGACCACUUCAAACUCCUGGAACAAGAUGGGGAGAAUUUGCUUGUGGGUGCAAGAAACAUGGUGUACAAUAUCAGCCUUUCUACACUAGAGUUGCGAAAGAAAUUGGAAUGGUUUUCGCAAGACCAUGACAUAAUGAUGUGCAAUUUAAAAGGAAAAUCAAAGGAGGUUUGCCAAAACUACAUCAGAGUUCUUGCCAAGAAGUCAGACAAUGUUGUCCUUGUGUGUGGCACAAAUUCCUACAAGCCACUUUGCAGGGAUUAUACAGUUUCUCCGGAUGGGGAUUACGUAAUGAAAGAAGAGAAGCCAGGAGAAGGGCUGUGCCCGUUUGAUCCCAACCACAACAGCACAUCUACAUUUGCUGGGCCUCUCUCACAAAGGACAGACGGGGACCUGUACGUUGCCACCGUGGGCCAGUUUUCCGGGGCCGAUCCGUUCAUCUACAGGAAACCCCUGCGAACUGAGCCAUUUGAUCUCAAACACUUAAAUGCUCCCAAUUUUGUAAGUUCCAUCCACUACGAAGACUACGUGUACUUCUUCUUCAGGGAGGCAGCAGUGGAGUACAUAAACUGUGGGAAGACUAUCUAUUCUCGGGUUGCUCGAGUGUGCACAAACGAUAAAGGAGGUCCACACAAGUUCCAACAGCGCUGGACUUCGUUCCUGAAAGCACGCUUGAAUUGCUCUAUGGGUGGAGAUAUCCCAUUCUACUUCAACGAAAUACAAUCAACCACUCCUAUUAUUGAAGGGACCUACAACGGCCGGGAUGCCAAAAUCAUCUAUAGUGUCUUCACAACUCCACACAACAGCAUCAGUGGUUCUGCAGUGUGCGCAUUCCGCCUGGAAGACAUACAGCGAGUGUUUGAAGGCAGCUUCAAGGGCCAGGAAGACAUCAACUCUAACUGGCUACCUGUCAUCAGCUCGAAGGUGCCAGAGCCUCGCCCUGGACAGUGUGUGAACAACUCCAAAAGUCUUCCCGAUGUUACACUGAACUUCAUCACAAAUCACCCACUUAUGGACCAGGCUGUGCCAUCUUACUGGGGAAAUCCCAUCCUUAUUCACACAGGAUUUGACUACCGGUUCACGUACAUAGCAGUUGAUCCUCAAGUUGAAACUGUGAAUGGCAAGAAGUACGAUGUCCUCUUCAUUGGGACUGAUAGAGGACGUGUACUCAAGACGGUGAACACGUCCGGUGUAGGGGGCGAGGGGACACCCGUGGUAGUGGAGGACUCAGUUGUGUUUCACGAUGAGGUCCCCGUCACCAACCUGCUGGUGCACCACACCCUGUACAGCGCCCGACUGGUAGUGGUCACCCACUCCGAGAUUCAGUCCAUCCCCCUGUUUGCCUGUGACCGCUAUGCCAAGACAUGUGGUGACUGUGUUGGUCUGCGUGACCCCUACUGUGCCUGGGACUCAGACAACAGUGCCUGCAUCAAUCCACCCCUCAGGUCGAGACAGAGGGACAGCUUUGUACAGAAUAUUGAGGAAGGCUGGGACCAGCGUUGUGGACAAGGAGGGCCCCAGGACAUGGCACAACUUUCUUCAGUCAUGACCACCACAGCCGAAAGCGUUUGUCCUCCUUGCGACUGCAACUGCCCGGCAGUUCCGACCGUACCCUCUUUCACUCCACCCCCUCCUUUGACAUCUCCUGACGAUGAUCAGAGCAACAGCGUUGAUCUUACGGAAGAGUUGAACAGAAUCAGUAGAGGCCAGCUGUUUGGGCACCCUCCUCCUGCGGCAGGCAAGGGCCCGCAUCGAUCCCCUCACCAGUUCCCAGGAGGAGCCGUGGGUUCGGACGACAACUCGCGGACGGUGGUGCACGGACUGGGUGGGCAUGAAGUGGGCAUAUCUGGAGCUUCAGUGCAUGGUUCUCAAGGUCCCAAGGGGUCGUCCCAGGACUAUACAGCAGAGACGUUGGCCAUCGCCGUGACUACGAGCAUCGUCUCCUCCCUAGUUGUCGGCUUCAUCAGUGGUUACAUCUUCAGCCGGCGCUGCCGCAACGACGAAGAUCCCGAUGACACCUGCCAACCCGACGAUUAUGCCCGGUAUCUGGACCGCGGAAGCGACUUGCACACCGAGGGGUUCCUCGCCCCUGCGACGGGGCGCCAUCACAACAACGCCAAGCCCAUCAACUUGGUGCUCAACGUACCUCCAAAAAACGGCAAGAAUGCAAACAGCUCCGCAGAUAACAAGCCCGUUCAGAAGGUGAAGAAGGUCUACUUAUAGCCAGCAACAUCUUCACACUGAAGGAAACAAUAUGCAAUGACUUACUUAUCACCACAGUGGCUAACUUCUCAGUUGUAUAAUUGUGUGCGUGCGUGUGUGUGAGCGUGCAUACCACCGAAUUUCAAUGCCUUUACGUGGCAACACGGCGUUGUAGCCAACUUAUUACGAAGAGAAACACGUCCUACGAAUAGACUUAGUGUCCAGACUUGGUGUCCAUUUUUUCGAUCUUGAAAACCUCGGUGAAAACAAGUGACGUUUUGACUGCUUUGUGGCAAAGACUGCGAGAAUGUGUCGAGCUAACAACAUUUGUGAUGUGCAUAGAGAAGCAGGACAGUGCACAUCGUGUGUCCAGCACUGCAAAUUGUGAACGUCGCGGUAAAGCCAAAAAAAAAGAAAAGGUGAACCAGAAGACUACAGGAGGUGACGAGUGUUAAACUCACUGCGUUUCCGUAACUGCGGAGCGACACGCUAGGCUGGAAAGCAACGAGGCAUCUAGUCGCACGAGCCUCGAGGGUCGGAUCUUCCAAGGCUAGUGCUUGCGUGGAAAGAAAAAAAUUAAUAAAAAUAUAGCGACACUGUGCCACACGAAAAAAGGCAAACAGAAAGAAGCCGUACGGCUCUCUGGACAGCUUGUGUUUAUUAGUCGCAUUUUCAAAUUCCCCCAAAUUCUUCUUUCCUAUGCUACACAGUGCCGUGACAGCUGGUACUGCCAGUUUAUGUGGUGAUUUUUGUUGAUGUAAAGUAGUUGUGUGCAGUUUUGAUGUGUAUUUACGCCCUUCUUGUGAAAUUCUCACAUUCCACUGGAACUUUGGCAGAUGAGGGAAAUGAGCAUCAUUUUUAUAACUUAUCAGAAUUAAUUUUAUUUUGCGCUCUAACGCCACUAUUGCAAAAAUUUUUUGACGAAAGAUGAACUUUUACGUUGCAUCACAUAAUUAAAAUGCUUAAUGGCUCUAAGUAUAAUUUUUAAAGUGCCACUCUGGACUAAAUGAAUGACUGUUACUUCAUUUCAUAUCAUAAGUCAGUGUCGUCAGUGAACAUUACACACCUCCGAAAAUAUUUUGAAACAAAAAAAUCCAUGCAAAACUUCAUAGACGAGAUCUUUCAAAACUUUGCUAAACUUUCAGAAGCAACAAGAGUAGGUGAUGUUCUCUAACAUAUGUCUCCCAACACAGUGUCAUGCACCUUCACGGUCUCCGCUCCCCUCCUCACUUUCGAAGACUUCCAGCAACUGUGGUGAGGAGUCGGGGAAGCGUCCUUUUAGGAGCAGCGUUUCGAGACGGAUAACUGAUUGUGCAUAUUGUGACCUCACACUUCACAAAAUUAGAGUUAAUUCUGGAAUACUUCCGCAUAAAAUGGAGAGAGAAAAUGUUUUCUGAGAAUACAAUGUGAGGGAUUCUGGUGGGAUUCCGGCGACACAACAUUUAGUCAGUGGUGGCACUUUGAGGGUCUGUCUGUAGCCGAGCACGAGCAGACACGCCCCAUCUUAAUUGUACAUUUUUUAUUUUUAUGUUUUUCUGUACAGAAUACUCUCUAUGCUCACAGCUGAGCCUCGGAUUCCUAGUCUUUGAAGACCAGGCUGGUUAUUUGUAAGGCACUGGAUGUUUACUUUGCUCAUUCUUAAGUGUUGUCAUUCUUUCACUUUUUCGUAUCAUGUUGGCUUGAUUAUUUGUACAGAGAAGUGAACAAACAUUUAAUGGGCAUAUCUGUGACGCCAGGCCGUAAUGGGUGCCUUUUUCUAGACAGUAAUUCAUAAGAUCAGUUGACGUUCCAGCUUGCUGGCAAAGCUAUAUACAUCUAAAUCAUGGAUGCUGAAGCCCUGAUUGCUACCAUAGAUACAAGAGGAUGCUCUGCUGAUAACAAACGGUAUUGCGCAGCAUGCUUAGUGCGCUAUUAAGGUGUUGAUCCUGCACUACAUGAAAUGUGCUUCUGUAGGCUGUAUGCAGUGACAUGCAUAGGCAUCGGUAGCAUUACAGUGAUCCAAAGAUUCCAGAGGUGGACUGUAGAGGUGUCAUUGCUAAAUUGUUAAAUUUAUUAUCUGUACCAGUGAAUUUAAACAUUUUUCACCAGAUUGCACUGUGAAACCUGCUGAUAACAAUGCUGCGAAUACAACCACAAUACAUACUUCCACUGUGGUUCCAAAAUUCGUAUGGUUUAUAGCCCAGGCUGAAGUCCUGGUUCUGGCAGCCAUUUUCUUCGUCAGGCAUUCACGGUAUCAGCUACUGUACUAAAAACUUAAAUUUAAAUGAGUAACUGCUGUUCUCCACAUGUUUCAGUAUGCAGGAUUGUUUUAAGCAGGUUUUGCCGUGGUUGCAAUCUGCUCGGGUACUGCAGGGAGAGCUGUUGAUUGGCCACAUCGCGGGCCAUUUAUGAACUGUUCUUGUAGUUCUACAUACAUUUGAAUGGAUAGACACCUUUUGAAAGCAUUUUUGACUUUUAGAAGUCUUCUAAACUCUAAUGCUCGCAAUUGAUACUGGUUGUCGAAUAAAAAGGUAAUUGUCACAUGAUUCAUAAGUUAGACACCGACUACACAAUAUCAUUGAAAACAAUUUCAGAUGUCUUGUACAUGUAGGCAGCUUUCAUCAUAUAAUGUAUGUACAUUAUCUUGUGUUCAUUCAGUCUGCGCAGUGCUGUCUUUGUUUUGCAACCUGUUUUGUAAGAAAACUGAAUAAUGUGCGAGAGUCUGUAAAUACCCAUCACAUUAUGCCCACAAAACACGCUCUUGCGCAUGUGUACUAUUUUGCUUUUCAUCAUCUGUCAUUCAUGAAAGAGCUGCCAAGUAAACUUUUGUCAAAUAGCUACCAUCCUCGUCCAGUAAUAAUACUAUAGUGACAAUAAUGUUGUACACAACCCUGCCCUCCUUCAAUAGGUUACUUACGAUGAUGUAGGAAAGUGUGUGCAAAUUAUCUUCUUUAUUUGCAGCAACGCAAGAGACAGGAAUGGUAGUAAUGACGCAGAAACUGUAAGUGUACACGCCCUCAGAUAACUGACAUAUUGUUGUACAGGUACGUUGAUGUUAAUAUCAUAAUAAAAAUUUUCAUGGUCCAGCA